UGGGCUCCUUCGGUGUACAUGUAAGAAACGUUCCCUUUCUGGAUCACAGGAUAUCAACAAAUAUUUACUGUUGUUCUUUAUGUUUUACCUGGUGCUUUACACCGAAGGCGCUCCUUCCAAAUCGUGUGAUAAAAAUUGCUUUUCUGGAAGAUGCAUCAAUGGAACAUGCCUCUGUGACAAAGGAUGGGUCGGGGAUCAGUGCCAACACUGCCAGGGAAGAUUCAAGUUAACGGAGCCCUCAGGUUACCUCACAGAUGGACCAGUCAACUACAAGUACAAGACCAAGUGUACAUGGCUCAUCGAGGGCUACCCAAAUACUGUGCUGAGGUUAAGAUUUAACCACUUUGCCACAGAGUGCAGCUGGGAUCAUAUGUACGUCUAUGAUGGAGACUCCAUAUAUGCACCAUUGAUCGCUGUGUUUAGUGGUCUCAUUGUUCCGGAGAUCCGAGGAAAUGAAACGGUGCCAGAAGUAGUGACCACCUCUGGCUAUGCCCUCUUACACUUCUUCAGUGAUGCUGCAUACAACCUGACUGGAUUCCAUAUCUUCUACUCGAUCAACUCCUGUCCGAACAACUGCUCGGGUCACGGGAAGUGCACGACGGGAAACUCCAUCGCCAGCAGGGUGUACUGCGAGUGCGACAAGUACUGGAAGGGGGAGGCCUGCGACAUCCCGUACUGCAGGAACAACUGCGGCAGCCCCGACCGUGGCUACUGCGACCUGACCGGCGAGAAACUGUGCGUCUGCAAUGACAGCUGGCAAGGUCCAGACUGCUCUCUGACUGUUCCGUCCACGGAGUCCUUCUGGAUUCUGCCCAACAUGAAACCCCUCAGUCCGUCUGUGGGCCGGGCUUCCCAUAAGGCUGUGGUGCAGGGGAAGUUCAUGUGGGUCAUCGGGGGCUACACCUUCAACUACAGCUCCUUCCACAUGGUUCUAAAUUAUAACUUGGAGAACAGCAUCUGGAAUGUGGUGCCAAUCAAAAGUGGGCCUCUGCCAAGAUAUGGCCAUUCCCUGGCCAUAUAUCAGGAUGACAUAUACAUGUUUGGGGGUAAGCUGGAGGGCGGCUCGGGGAACGUGACAGACGAGCUGUGGGUCUUCAGUUUGCCCAGCCGCUCCUGGUCCCAGCGCACGCCCAGCGUCCUGGUGCACGGGCAGCUGUACGCCGUGGAGGGACACUCUGCCCACAUUGUGGAGCUGGACAACGGAGAGGUCAUCAUGGUGAUCUUCUUCGGCUAUUCCUCCAUCUACAGCUACAUCAGCAGCGUGCAGGAGUACAACCUGAGGACGAACACGUGGCUGGUUCCCGAGACGAACGGGGCAAUUGCCCAGGGUGGGUACGGACACAGCAGCGUGUACGACCGCAUGACCAGGUCUGUGUACGUACACGGCGGCUACAAGGCCCUGCCGGCCAACAAGUACGGCCUGGUGGAUGACCUGUACCGCUAUGAAGUGCGGUCGCGCACGUGGACAAUUCUGAGGGAGAGUGGACUCGCCCGGUACCUGCACUCCGCCGUGCUCAUCAGCGGUGUCAUGCUCGUCUUUGGGGGAAACACCCACAAUGACACGUCCCUGAGUAACGGAGCCAAGUGCUUCUCUUCAGACUUCCUCGCUUAUGACAUAGCUUGUGAUGAGUGGAAGGUUUUGCCUAGGCCAGACCUGCACCAUGAUGUGAAUCGCUUUGGCCACUCAGCAGUUGUCAGCAACGGAUCGAUGUACGUUUUUGGAGGGUUCUCCAGCGUUCUGCUGAAUGAUGUGCUGGUGUAUCGACCGCCCAGCUGUGAGGCAUUCCGGGAGGACAGGGCGUGUCUGAACGCAGGCCCCGGGGUCCGAUGCAUCUGGAGCAGGGGCCGCUGUGUCCCGUGGGACCCUUCCCACAGCAACAGCAGCACCCCUGCCACAUUCUGCUCCCCCAGAGUCUCAAUAGCAGAUGAGAGGUGUUACCGGUACGCAGACUGCUCCACCUGCACGUCCAACACCAAUGACUGCCAAUGGUGUGAGGAAAAGAAAUGCAUCUCGACCUCCAGCAACUGCACUGUGUUAAAUCCAGAGCUGUUCCAGCAACACCGAGGUCCACAAUCCAUUGCCCCACCCGCAUCCGUGCUGUCAGAAAGACAGAUGUCUGCUUGGAAACAUGGCAGUGGACGAAAAAGUGGAAAUGCUGUGAAGAACUACACCAAAUGUCAUGUGAGGAGUGAGCAGGUGUGCAGCAAGCUAGCCAACUGCAGAAGCUGCUCCUUGAACCUCAACUGCCAAUGGGACCCACAACAGCAGGAGUGCCACGCCCUUUUCGCUCAGCUCUGUGGGGACGGGUGGAACCAUGUUGGGGAAUCCUGCCUGCGGAUCAACUCCAGCCGUGAGAGCUACGACAACGCUCAGCACUACUGCAAGAACCUGGAUGGCAACAUCGCCUCUCUCACCACUUCAGAGCAGGUGGACUUCGUUCUCGAGGAGCUGCAGAAAUAUGUGCUGCAGAAGAAGAUAUCUCCGUGGGUGGGGCUGCGGAAGAUAAACGUGUCAUACUGGGGGUGGGAGGACACCUCCCCCUUCACUAACACCUCCCUGCAGUGGCUCCCAGGGGAGCCCAGUGACUCGGGCUUCUGCGCCUAUCUGGAUCGAGCGGAGGUGUCGGGCCUGAAGGCUAAUCCCUGCACCGCCACCACUGAGGGACUCAUCUGCGAGAAACCAGUUGUGAGCCCCAAUCAGAAUGCCCGGCCGUGUAAGACGCCCUGCUCCCUGCGCACCUCCUGCAGCAACUGCACCAGCCAGGCCAUGGAGUGCAUGUGGUGCAGCAGCACCAAGCGCUGCGUGGACUCCAACGCCUAUGUCAUCUCCUUCCCCUAUGGCCAGUGCCUCGAGUGGCAGACUGGGGACUGCAUGCCUCAGAACUGCUCUGGCUUGCGCACGUGUGCUCAGUGUUUGGAGCAGCCGGACUGCGGCUGGUGCAGUGACCCCAGUAACACAGGUAGAGGCCAGUGCAUGGAGGGCUCAUACCGCGGGCCCAUGCGGAGCACACCCAAGCAGGGCCGAGACAUGGUGCUGGAGCCUGGGCUGUGUCCUCGAGAACGGGGCUACGAGUGGGCCUUCAUCAACUGUCCCGCGUGCCAGUGUAAUGGUCACAGCAUCUGUGUAAAUGGCAGUGUGUGUGAGCACUGCAGGAACUUGACCACCGGACAACACUGCCAGACGUGCAUGCCUGGUUACUAUGGAGACCCUACCAAUGGCGGGCGGUGCCAAGCCUGUAAGUGUAAUGGCCACGCAAGUUCCUGCCAGGUCCUCACAGGGAAGUGUUACUGCACAACUAAAGGAAUCAAAGGAGAGCAGUGCCAGCUUUGCGACUCCGAGAAUCGUUACCUCGGCAACCCUCUGCGGGGAACAUGUUAUUAUAAUCUGCUGAUCGACUACCAGUUCACCUUCAGCCUUCUGCAAGAGGACGACCAUCACUACACCGCCAUUAACUUUAUGGCCGUGCCAGAACAGACUAAUAAGAAUCUGGACAUGUCAAUCAAUGCAUCAAACAACUUCAAUCUCAACAUCACCUGGUCCUUGGGCUCUACAGCUGGGACUAUAUCAGGUGAGGAGAUCCCCAUCAUCUCCAAGACCAACAUCAAAGACUACAGAGACAGCUUCUCCUGCGAGAAAUUCAGUUUCCGCACCAACUCCAACAUCACCUUCUACGUGUACGUCAGCAACUUCUCCUGGCCAAUCAAGAUUCAGAUUGCAUUCUCCCAGCACAACAGCAUCAUGGACCUGGUCCAGUUCUUUGUGACAUUUUUCAGCUGUUUCUUGUCACUUCUCCUGGUUGCUGCUGUGGUGUGGAAGAUCAAACAGACAUGCUGGGCAUCCCGGCGGAGAGAGCAACUCAUGAGAGAGCGGCAGCAGAUGGCGAGCCGUCCGUUUGCCUCCGUCGAUGUGGCCCUGGAGGUGGGGGGUGGGCAGACAGACCUGCUGCAGGGGCUGAUGGAGGGCGCCCCCAAACCCAUCGCCACAGAGCCGUGCUCGGGGAGCCGGGCCGCCGUGUUCACCGUCUUUAUGUGUCUCCCCCGGGCAUCAUCUGGCGUGCCCCCCCCAGGCCAGUCUGGUAUGGCCAUUGGCAGUGCCCUCAUCGAUACCUCACCACAGAAAGCUCUCGACUUCAAAGACAGGAGCCUGGGUCUGAAGAGCCGCAAACAGCACCCCGUGCCACAUCAGGGGACGUGCGUUUGAGCCGCGGGACCAUCGCGCACUCUGCGAUUGACUUUCUCCUCACGUGGCCUUGCGCGGGGCAGCAGGAUCGCGCUUGCAACCUUGUUUUUAAACCAGGCCUGGGAACCAGACUCUGUUAGCUAACCACGUACCCACAAUUCCCGACAGUCUGUUUUGCAUCCCCUCCACCUCCUGCUCCACGCUCUGAUCCUGCAGGGCCAGCCAGCAGGAGCGUGACAGGCUUCCGCGAGCUCACACUGUCAAAACGAGGGCAGCCAUAUGCAGCACCCGCAGGGGUGUCUCACGGAGCGACCAGCUGGGGGUGCUGUUAGGAGGACGACUGGACAUGAGAGACAUUGAUGUCUCUGUAAAGGGAGAGGGCACACAGGUGCAUGUUGUCUGUGCCUAUGGUUAAACACAAAUGCAGUCACAGGAGCUUGGCACAUGUUGCUGAGAGCUUCUUUAGACAUGAAAUGCUGUGGCUCUGAAUCACACACAGGAGCUCUUGGCAUGUACCCAUUCUGCUGCUGCUCUACAGAAAGAGCCGCGCUUACUCUGUGGGCUGGGGAGGUGGUCCGAGCAGCAUCUACCCUCACAUAAAUGUGGAAGGGUCUGUCGUUCUCCCACCAGUGCAAUGGUUUUCACGUCAUUACAUUGAGUUUAGGAAAUGUGGUGAUGGAAUCAGCAGAGGUUUUACUGGUUUGGCAGAAUACAUAGCUGUCUGGUUGCCAUGGGCACGGGCCCCUGGUCUUGGUCUCUGUGUGUUUGCCAUCUCACAGUGACCAGCUUAGUAGAUGAAAGGCCACGCGAUGCCACUUUCAGCCUCCACAGGGGACAUCUUUAACCACUUCAUGCAAUUUCAGCAAAUGUGAAGGGUAAUGAGAAAACAAUGUCUGUACUUUUGUGAUGAUUUGUCUUUUUAAUAAUGAAGGAUGGAAAUGCUAUUCGUUUUGUUAUUCCAGUGCAGUUCUCUGCCCUCUGCUGUCGUAAUAAUCCUAUAAUCCUGAGAAGUCAGUUGUUGGUCACUCUUUUUCACAGAGUUGUA